AUGCAUCGAAGGCACACAACCCUUCGGGAGAAGGGCCGGAGGCAAGCCAUCCGGGGCCCAGCCUACAUGUUCAAUGAGAAAGGCACCAGCCUGACUGCAGAAGAGGAACGUUUUCUCGAUUCUGCAGAAUAUGGCAACAUUCCUGUUGUGCGAAAAAUGCUGGAGGAAUCCAAAACCUUGAACUUUAAUUGUGUCGAUUAUAUGGGACAAAAUGCCCUGCAGUUAGCUGUAGGGAAUGAGCAUCUGGAAGUGACAGAGCUCCUCCUCAAAAAGGAGAAUCUCGCUCGAGUUGGAGACGCGCUUUUGUUAGCCAUCAGUAAAGGAUAUGUGCGCAUUGUAGAAGCAAUAUUGAACCACCCAGCCUUUGCACAAGGACAGCGUCUCACACUCAGCCCCCUUGAGCAGGAACUGAGAGAUGAUGAUUUUUAUGCCUACGAUGAAGAUGGAACUCGGUUCUCCCAUGACAUUACACCUAUCAUACUUGCUGCCCACUGCCAGGAGUAUGAAAUUGUUCACAUCUUGCUUCUAAAAGGCGCACGGAUUGAAAGGCCACAUGACUAUUUUUGCAAGUGCAAUGAAUGUAUUGAGAAGCAGAGGAAAGAUUCCUUUAGUCACUCUCGAUCGAGAAUGAACGCCUACAAAGGAUUAGCCAGCGCUGCUUAUUUGUCUCUUUCCAGCGAAGACCCUGUCCUUACUGCUUUAGAGCUAAGCAAUGAAUUGGCCAGACUAGCCAACAUUGAAACUGAAUUUAAGAAUGACUAUAGGAAGCUAUCUAUGCAAUGCAAGGACUUUGUUGUGGGGGUGCUGGACCUGUGCAGAGACACCGAAGAGGUAGAGGCCAUUCUCAACGGAGACGUCAACAUUCAUCUGUUCCCUGAGCACCACCGGCCAAGUCUCAGCAGGAUUAAACUUGCUAUUAAAUACGAGGUCAAAAAG